GAGCCCUGCGUGGCCGCGCUGGCGCGGGUGGAGCGGACGGACUUCCUCUCCCCGAUGUGCAUCGGCGAGGUGGCCAACGUCAGCGCCGAGAUCACCUACACCUCCCGGCACUCCGUGGAGGUCCAGGUCAACGUCAUGUCCGAAAACAUUCUAACAGGGGCGAAGAAGGUGACGAACAAGGCGACGCUGUGGUACGUGCCGCUGUCCCUCAAGAACGUGAACAAGGUCCUUGAGGUUCCCCCCAUCCAGUACGUGAGAAAGGAGCAGGAGGAUGAGGGGAAGAAGCGUUAUGAGGAGCAAAAGCUGGAUCGGCUGGAAACUAAGCAGAGAAACGGCGACAUGAUCUUCCCCGUCAUCAACCCAGAGCCGCACACCGUCGGCUACAGCGUCACCAUGAAGCUGAUGGAUGAGGUCGCUGGGAUUGUGGCCGCCCGCCACUGCAAGACCAACAUCGUCACCGCCUCGGUGGAUGCCAUCAACUUCCACGAGAAGAUCAAAAAAGGCAGCGUCAUCACCAUUUCGGGGCGCAUGACCUUCACGAGCAAUAAAUCCAUGGAAAUCGAAGUCUUUGUGGAUGCCGACCCGUUUGUGGAUGAGACUCGGGAGCGGUACCGUGCCGUCAGCGCCUUCUUCACCUACGUCUCCCUGAGCAAGGAGGGGAAGCCCCUGCCUGUCCCGCAGCUGCUGACGGAGACGGAGGAGGAGAAGCGGCGCUUCGAGGAAGGCAAGGGCCGGUACCUGCAGACCAAAGCCAAGAGGCAGGCGCAGAUGCAGCAGGCUGCCCGGCCCUGA